GCGACAGAAAUACCUAAAAAAACAAAAACAAAUCACAUGUUUAUGUUUACCUCCAGCUGUUUCACCAUUGAUCAAAAGGACGGGGCCACAGCUGUGAGCUGAGCAACUCUGAGUAAGAUAUCCCGCAUGCGCUUUCUAACACUUCACUGUUACCUCACACAGAUAGUCACCGAGACAGAAACACACUAUUUUUCCCCUCUUGCGUGUGUGUUUGUGUGGCUCUGUGGGGAGAAAGUCAGUCACAAAAGAAAGUACUCAAACAGUGAGCGCACGCUGUCGACCUCCACCUCCGUUUUUUCCUUUCAUGGCUGAUCUUUGAACCUCGUUAACUCCACACAGAUUACUCAGAGCACCGCAGCGGAAAUUGUACCUCUAUAAUAAUUUAGGCAACUGGAUAAAACCCCGAUAUCUCCGACCCUGGAAUGGAUCUGCCUCUGCGCUGCGUGCGGUUUCCACGGACAGCCUAAUUCUUAUUUCCUGGAGGAUCGGUGAAAUGCUUUGAGUAAAGCAGAAGUAAAAAAAGAAAAAAAAAGAAAAAAGAUUUAUGUCCACUAGAAGAAACUACAUCGCGUAAAAGUAGAAACUACAUCGCUUAAAAGUAGACAAUGUUGAACCUCAUAUGUUUUCUAACGUGCGUCUUGGCUUUUAUCACAACUUCCCAGAGUGUGCGUGGGAAUGUCACUGAUGGAGACGCGUUUUUGGAGAAUAUUAUCCACUACUAUGGUGAAAAUAAUUCCAUUACAACAACGAAUCUUGAAGAUUUACUGCUGUUGAUCUCAGCCAGACGAUCUGACUUAAUAAGUAAGGAAAAUCCACUGGAAGAGCAAGAGUGUCUCUCUGCAAAGCAGAUCUUAUCCCAGUUUGGCUACAAUAAUGUCAGUCAGCUGACUGUGGAACAUCUGGAGAAGAUCUGCCCUGCUGUGUUGACCCAGGUGCUGCUGCCUUCCUGCCCUUACAUUGCCCCCGAGGAACUGCUUCAUGUGGACUACUCUGUGUGGGGUUAUGGGUUUCUGGCCGUUACUGUGAUCAACCUGGCAUCCCUGCUUGGUCUCCUGCUCAUCCCGUUCAUCAAGAAGCCUUAUUUCCCCAAAGUGCUGACCUACUUCAUUGGUCUGGCCAUCGGGACGCUUUUCUCUAAUGCUGUUCUUCAGCUCAUACCAGAGGCCCUGGGGUUUGAUCCUAAAGUGGAUCACUAUGCGACAAAUGCAGCUGCAAUAUUUGGAGGGUUUUACCUCCUGUUCUUUGUGGAAAAGAUACUGAAAUUAUGCCUCCGGAUGGACCACGAGCACGGCCACAGCCACUUCACACUUUCAGAGACAUCUCAGGAAAACUCUAUCCACAACGGAGACGUGGUGGCAACAAAGGACUCCAUCAUUUUAACUGCCAUCACCACCGUCGCUACAGACAAGAGCAGCCCAAUCCUAGAUACAAACGUGGAAACUUCUCAGGAUGCCGAGGUGCCUGAUGUCAUGUGCCGCUGGUUGCGGGGCCAGCGCAUCCGCAGCAUCAAGACUGUGGCGUGGAUGAUAACUCUAAGUGACGCACUCCAUAACUUCAUAGAUGGUCUGGCUAUCGGCGCUUCCUUCACAGUGUCUGUCUUGACAGGGUUCAGUACAUCCACUGCCAUCGUGUGUGAGGAGUUUCCCCAUGAGCUGGGUGACUUCGUCAUCCUGCUGAAUGCUGGAAUGAGCAUCCCGCAAGCCAUUUUCUUCAACCUGUUGUCAGCCGUGUCGUGUUACAUCGGCCUUGUGUUUGGCAUCCUGCUCGGCAGCAACUUUGCCCCCAAUGCGAUCUUUGCCAUUGCAGGAGGAAUGUUUCUGUAUAUCGCUCUGGCGGACAUGUUCCCAGAGAUGGACAGCAUAGCACGGGAACAAAAAAAAACUUCUACGAAGAUUGUUUUCUUCCUGAUCCAAAAUGCAGGGCUGCUAACCGGGUUUACCAUCAUACUUCUGAUCACCAUGUUCGCAGGAGAGAUCAACCUGGGCUAGAGGACACAGAGACACAAGCUGGAAAUAAAAAUAGAUUCGAGCUGCUUCUGUUUCUGCUCACAGCUCACAGAGCUGGACUGCAAAGUAAAUUUAAAGUGAAAUCCUGAUGUUAAAAGUUAAAACAAUACUUUUCUACCUUUGUACAAUCAAUAUAGUGGAAGUGUUUACUCCAUAAAAAGGGAAUACCUUUACAUCGUCAUGUAUGAAAUCUAGAUGUAUUUUAAGGAGACAAUAAAUUAUUUUUUCAGCCUUCA